UAUGUGGAGACCGCUCCUGCGAGCAGGGGGGAGGAGCUAGUGAAAUUAAUAUGCCCUCGGGUCGUGACCAUGUGUUGGAAACCUACAUACAAGAUGGGUGAACGGGUCGGCAUUUGAAGCACCCGUCGUUCCCGAGCCUCGCAUGCUGGGAGCGUGCCGAGAUGAAGGAGAGAAAGAAGAAAAGAAAACCGGGGAUGCUGCUCGUCCCCAACACUUGGCAGGGGUGGUCUCUGUUCCCCGUGCCCUGUAAAUCGAGGUACGUAUGCGACAAAAAAAGAGUAGGAGCUCAAAGAAACGUAGAAUAAAGCCGCAGGCCCAUAUACGCUAGACAACAGUCGGCGAACAAUGCCUAUGUGGGCGAGACCCCCCUUACCGACAAAAGCCACCAAGGUAAAGACUAAAGAGUCUCCCUCCCACAAGACUAUGUGCCGAACACGAGAGAUCCACUUCUCAGUCCACGACGUGUGCGGCCGGAUGGCGACGGAACUGUUCUCGGCUGACGGGGUGGGCGACUUCACGGACCCGACGCGGCCUCUCUCGUGCCGGUGCGACAUAUUCGCCGUGUUUCUAAUCUGGCAGACGCGCCGAUCUCUGGCGGAAAUAACGGGGUGCGACGAUGGGAUCAGCUGGUGCGCGAGGCACACGUGCUGCGUGCGGUUCCUGUGCGUGACGCACUGUUUCGACGUGCUGGCCCAGAUUACCAGCAGCGGCCUCGAAAUGUGGGAACAGGCCGCCGAGGAACUGGUUUGGGACUGCCCCAUCGGCCUAACAACACAUGCGUACCAGCCGCUAUCGAUGGUGACCGACACGAUCGACCUAGACCUUCCCGGGUCUAAACUCGAGUACACGAUCGAGCUCGCUGAUGAUACUAUAAGCAGGCUGGAGUCUGAUGUCUCAGAAGUAGAGUGCGAGCGUGUUAUUCUCCGCCGCUUGGGCAGACUUCCGGUAGCCGGUAGACCCACGACGGCUUCAGAAGACACAGACGGCUCCUUUUACUCUAUCUCCAAGGAGCGACUCGACUUGGCAGAUCUUGACAGCAACGACAUUAUUGCCAAGUGUGAGGGGCCACUGAAGCAGUCGGACAACUUGAGGCAGCGUAUCGACCGGCUGAGAGAAUUCAUGAAGGGAGCUGAGCCCGUCCCCAGAGUCUCCCUAAAGCGUCCAUUGAACUCUACCGAAGACGGCGACUCUCGAAAGAAGCGGGCUAAACUCGAGACUUGA